AUGAUUGCAUUGUUAUUAAUAUUACCGGACAGUGAGUUGGAAGUUGUGAAACAGGGAUCAAAUGAAUUGUCCAAAACUGAAUCCUGGGAUCAGUUGGCCGUCAAUGCGAACAAUGAGUUUACAUUCAAUAUAUUUAACACAUUAGCAAAGGAUGGAAACGAUGUAUUGUCUCCCAUUUCAAUACUUUCCGCAUUAAGUAUUCUUAUGAACGGAGCAAACGGUGAAACACUUAAAGAUUUGAAACAAUUCCUUCGUUACAAGAAUUCAUUGACAGAAUUCAGUGAUGAGACCAUUAAUACUGCUUUCAAAGCAUUAAAUAAUAAAUAUCAUAAUGAUGUUAUUCACAACAAAGAUCUGAAACUAUUGGACACUUUCAUUGAUACUAUAAAAGUGUAUUAUAAGGGAGACAUACAAUCGGCUGAUUUUGUCAAUAAUGGGGUAAUAGAGACGGAAAGAGUGAAUGAAUGGAUUCGUAAUAAAACCAAUAAUAAGAUACAGAAAAUAUUUGAUGAAAUAAAACCCGACACUUCACUCAUCAUUUUGAAUGCCAUAUAUUUUAAAGGCAAUUGGUCGAAGAAAUUCAGAAAACAAUGGACGCAAGAAUUGGACUUUUAUAACAACGGGAAUAAUGCCAUAAAAAUGGACACAAUGUUUGUGGAAUAUUAUUUCAAUUAUUACGAGUCAAUUGAAUUGAAUUCACAGAUUUUAGAGUUACAAUACGAUGGAAGAGAAAUCAUGGAUGAGUCGGGAACCGAAGCCGCGACCGUCACUGCCAUAACAGCCACUAGAUUAUCGGCCAUUGAAUAUCCCAAUCCAAUCACAUUUAGAGCCGAUCACCCCUUCAUGUACUUUAUUAUGGAUAAAACCAAUGGAUUAAUACUAUUCUGCGGACAAAUAAAUAAUUUUUAA